CUUGAAGGGGGGGAACAACACCCACUUAGUGUAGCGUACGCUUAAAAUACACACCCUGCUGCCAGAGAAAGAGGGAGAUCUGUUAUUUUGCAUGAUUGGUCGAAAUUAGUCUUCUGAUAGCACCUCUUCCCCGCCCGCAUACAAGAAAGGUGAUCUACUCACCACCAAAUCGAUCUGGAAGGUGUAAGAGAUUGUCAAGAAUAUAACAAGAUCAAAGUCUAGAUACGAUAAGGAAUUUGGCAAUCAUGGGUCAAGCUCAAUCACAGGUGCUAUCACAGAUUGCACAAAACUCAAAUUUCUCGGGACCAGAAAUUCAACGUUUAAAGAAACGUUUUAUGAAAUUAGACAGAGAUGGAUCUGGUUCGAUCGAUAAAGAUGAAUUUUUACAAAUACCGGCGAUCGCCAACAAUCCUCUAGCGUCAAGAAUGAUAGCCAUUUUUGAUGAAGAUGGAGGAGGUACAGUCGAUUUUCAAGAGUUUGUAAAAGGUUUGAGCGCAUUCAGCAGUCAGGGAAGUAGAGAAGAAAAGCUCAAAUUUGCUUUCAAGGUAUACGAUAUGGAUCGUGAUGGUUUGAUCUCCAAUGGUGAAUUGUUCCUCGUGCUUAAAAUGAUGGUCGGUAAUAACUUGAAAGAUCAACAGCUUCAACAGAUCGUAGACAAAACAAUAAUGGAAGCAGACAAGAACGGAGAUGGUAAAUUGGACUUUGAAGAAUUUACAGAGAUGAUCGGUAAUACGGAUAUUGCCCGUCAAUUGACCCUGGAGGAUCUUUUCUGAUUAUCAUACCUAUCGUCUUGGCAUCAAAGAAGCAUUCGAUUGCGUACAUUGCGCACACAAUUAGACCUAUCACCACACUCGUUCAACAUACUGUAUUUCA